CAUGCGCUAAUUGAGAACACUCACCAUGUGGCUUUCAAUGCGCUAAAUCAACGACCCACUUGGUCAUCUGCCUUUCUCUGUUUCUUCAUCAAUCCCCAGCCUCGAAAGCCGCGAGAAAACAGAGGGAAAACCAGAGUGAAUUGAACCGGGAAGAAAGGGACGAGAGAAAUGGAGAGUCGAAACGCGAACCGUCAUGAAGUGGAGACCCCUUCGCGCAUUACCAUCAAAGGCAUCCUCAGCUUACUGAUGGAGAGCGUCGACGCGGACAAGGGCAAGAGGGUCGUUUCGCUGGGCAUGGGCGACCCCUCUGCCUACACGUGCUUCCGCACCACCCGCGUGGCCGAGGACGCCGUGGUGGACGCUCUUCAGUCGCAGAAGUUCAAUGGCUAUUCACCCACCGUCGGUCUUCCCCAGACAAGAAGAGCAAUCGCCGAGUACUUGUCUUGUGAUCUCCCGUACAAGUUAUCAUCCGAUGAUGUGUUCGUGACGUCUGGUUGCACGCAAGCGAUAGAUGUUGCAUUGGCAAUGCUCGCUAGACCAGGAGCGAACGUACUAAUUCCGAAGCCCGGCUUCCCGAUUUAUGAACUUUGUGCUGCUUUUAGACACAUUGAAGUUCGGCAUUAUGAUCUCCUCCCCAAUAAAGGUUGGGAGGUUGAUGUUGAUGCUAUACAAGCAUUAGCAGAUCAGAACACAGUGGCCAUGGUGAUUAUCAACCCCGGAAAUCCUUGUGGGAACGUGUACACUGAUCAACAUUUAAAGGAGAUCGCAGAAACCGCAGAGAAGCUGAAUAUCCUUGUGAUUGCUGAUGAAGUUUAUGGGCACCUCGCUUUUGGGGACACCCCAUUUGUGCCGAUGGGACGAUACGGGACGAUUGUUCCUGUUCUUACUCUUGGGUCUCUAUCCAAGAGAUGGAUUGUACCUGGGUGGAGACUCGGCUGGUUUGUGACAAGUGACCCUUGUGGCAUGUUCAGGAAGCCCAAGGUUGUUGAGCGCAUAAAGAAGUACUUCGACAUAUUGGGAGGCCCAUCAACUUUCAUCCAGGCAGCGGUUCCUCAAAUCCUCGAGAGAACCGAUGAGGUUUUCUUUCGAGAAAACGUCAACAUGCUGAGACAGACCGCGGAUAUUUGUUGCAGCCGGAUCGGCGAGAUUCCCUGCCUUACUUGUCCUGAUAAACCCAAGGGAUCUAUGGCUAUGAUGGUAAAGUUGAACCUUUCACUACUAAAAGACAUCAGCGACGAUAUCGACUUCUGCUUCAAGCUGGCCAAGGAGGAAUCGGUCAUCAUCCUUCCAGGACUUGCCGUGGGCUUGAAAGAUUGGGUUCGCAUCACUUUCGCGGCUGAUCCGUCAUCUCUCGAAGAAGGCCUUGGAAGGAUCAAGUCGUUCUGCCAGCGAUAUGCCAAGCAAGUAUAAGACCAGCGGAGGACAAGACCAACAAGCAGAUCAGAGGACCUAAAUACACACUUAAACCUGCUGAGUUUACGCAGAUAAAAGGGUUCUUGGUCUCUCCUUCAUGUCCAUAGCUGAAAUAUAUGCGAUCAACAGUUCAAUCUGUAUGGGACUAGCGAAUCUCACAUAUUCAUAGCAAAUUUAUACAUGCCGGCCUUAUCGGACAUUAAAUUA